ACUCGGUACACUCCAAUCUGCAAGCUCCGAAGAACGGCAACCUUCCAUCCCGACAUUGAUAGGCUCCGUGUUUUCACUUUCAGUGUACUAAUUCUGCAACACUAAUUUCACAUUUCAUAUUACGUCAUUUUCAUGCUUUGUCUUAAAAUUGCUCAACAAUCUAGCCUUUCGAAUGAGAAUAGGCUCUUCUCUGGAAAUAGUGAGGGAUUUGUUUCUUCUAUGAGACUAUGGCUAAGCGAAGAGGCAAGAGAACAGUUAAAAGAACUGAACCGGUAACUGAAUCCAAUGGUGUCGGUACUGAAGAUCCAAAGGAGCCUCAAGUUCGAACACAAGGAGCUCUGUUUAUCGACAUUGAACUCGAAGUCCAGCGACAAAUUGCUGCUGUUAGGACUGUACGUGACGUGGAGAUUGAACAUUUACUGACUGAAUUGCGUUUGCAUCGGUCAUACUUUAACAAGGAACUGCUCCAGAAACCCGUGCUACAAUUCUUUGAAGAAAAUUUCCCAGAUCUUUCAGUUGUUAAUGAUGAAGAGAAUAAGAAAUUUGAGGUUAGAUGGAACGAUAAAUACAGUAGAUUGUCCAUGAACUGUGCUGAUCAAAGAGAUGUACACGCUUCUUUUCUGCAUAAGUUGUCUGUUGCUCAUCCUGAGUGCUCUGCGGUAAUUCCUUCUUUGGGUGGCUAUGAAUAUUCUAGCAAAGCAGGAAGAACAAGCCUUCUUGGUGCUCUGCACUUCAACGAAUUUGAGCCAUCUGAAACUCAGACUCUCACAAUGCAAGAUUUUCCUCAUACUCCUGUGAGUCACAGGAAGGUUGACAGCCUGCUAAAGUUAAACGGAGAAAAUCAUAGUGAUGGAUAUUUCGUGUGCUCUGCCCAAAUACCAUUUACUUUGAGGAUUACUUUUUGUUAGGUUUUGGGGAUUGGGGGGAUUGAGCUUCAGAGGUUGUUUCUCAACAGACAAGAGGACCCAAUGCGAAAAAUCAUUUGGCCUUCUAGCUCACUCAGAUAUUGAAAUAGGUUGCAGCCGGAAGAGACAGUCCUAACUCCUACCUGGCUGAGAAGUUGUCUGACUAAUGCGGUGUUCUCUUUGAUGUGUGUAUGGCCAGAUCGCGUUCAGAAUUCUGAGAACCUGAAUGCAGUUCCUUGCAUAUCCUUUUGUGAAUGAGGGCAACCAGAGUUCAGCAUUGGAGCUUUGCCCCGACUCUUAUCCUUGCAUUUCUCUAGUCCAAAUACCAGUUUAUAAGUUCAGGAUAAUUUAAUACACAACAUCUGCGUUGAAUACUCUAUUAUUAUAAGUUGUGUAAUAUAUAUGAAUUUUUAAAUAUAUAACUAAAUAGCGAUUUGUUGUUAUGGAUAAAUUUGCACCUGUGCCCAAAAAAAAAGGGAGAUAAAUUUGCGCCAA